AAAAACUUCACACUCUAUUCAGAUGCUCAAAUUUGCAUUUCAAUGCUUUUCAAAAAUUAAUUUAAAAAAAUAUCUUAAUACGGAACUAAGGGAGCUAUUAUAGAAAUUCAAAAUUCUAUCAAAUAACUGCUUUGGAUUAAAAUCUGGCUUAUAAUUUCCUAACAUAAAGGUAACAAUGAAUCCAGAUCCAACUAUACGAAAAGUCGUACAAGUGGCGGAGCAAGCACAACAGCCUUUACAUGUGCCCGUGGUCGUCGGCAACCAAUGUUUUAUAAUCACACAGCAGGAUAUCCGGAGAAUUGAAGAUUCUCGUCUAUAUUCUUACAAUAAAUUGAAUGGAAAGGGCGAAGUAGUCCCAAUGGAUACCAUGGAUUCCAAUGUAAGUGGACAUGAUGCUUUGUUGGCCUGUAUCCGUCAGUUAACACAAUUUCAGCAGAACGCGUCUAUUAAUCCAUGUAGUAUAGGAUUUUUGUCGGAUCUAGUCGGACGUGCCUGCAAUAUAACUGCAGCAAUGCAGCAGCAGCAACAGCAACAACAGGCUACUCAAAUGGCAAUGACAAUGCCCGAUUUGCUGGCAUACAACCAGGCACAAUAUAUACAAAGUGCAGGUUAUUCACCGGUUUCAGCAACGCUACAGCAACAGUUGGAUUGGUCGAAAGCUUGCGACACUAUGCCGACACAAGCUUCCAUGCAUCCCCUGCACCAUACUUCGGCCACAUCGACAACGGAGAUUGCGCGAGCUCAGUGCGUUCCCCAAACACCCUCUUCGAAAAGCCAUUGUUGCACACGCGGUUGCAACACCAUGGAUAUUGGUCCCAGCUUAUCACCGAAUUCGCAAGCACCUCCCAUCACAAGUUCGGCCACUUGUUUGUGCGCACGUCAACAGGCGAAACAACGUAAAAUGAUACAAUUUCAACUCUAAUGUUGUUAAAUCAGAUUUGUGAAUAAUUAUGUGAAAAUUGUUGGCGUGUUUUUUUCGUCGUAUGAUCUCAUUUAUGUAACUGUUAAACAUUUUUUUUUUACCUCUUGUUAGAAAUUUUAUUUUUUAUUUCAAUUAUGUUCAUAGUUUUUGGACAAUAUUUAACUAAAAUUAAAUUUUAAUGUUUUUUGCUUGUCGCAACAUCGGAAA